AGUUGCAGAGCGUACUGCUUUGAUGGAGAAUGUGUAUCCUCAGUUGUACCUCUACUGUAAGCAAAGAGGAUAUGAAUUCAGAAUGGUGGACCUACGCAGAGAUGUGGAAGAUCCUGUUACUGACCACCAUGUUUCAGUAGAGUUGCAUUUAGAGACGCUUAAGAAGUGUCAAGAGACAGAGGGGCCAAACUUUUUUCUGUUCACAGGUCAGAAGCACGAGUCCCAGUCAUUACCAACCACCAUCUCCCAAAAAGACUUUGAGGCAAUUUUGAAAGUUAUUAUAAGAGACAGAGAAAAAGUUUCCAAGAGACAGUCAGACUUGGAAGAAAUACCCACAGAAACUCAGUCUAGCAUUAACAAACCUGGUAGGUUAGGGGAACCUGAUAAAGAGGGUGACACAGGACACAAAAACACAAGUUCCUAUGGAGAGGAUGAAGAAGAUGCCUGCUUAGCAAGAUGUUGGGCAGACUUUGACCGGGAUUUGACUCUCUUGCUGACAUGGUACCGCUUAGAUGAAAACACAGUUCCACCUGUGUACCGCCUACUGCCUGUCAGUACACACCACCCUGACAUCUUGAGCCGUAAUUGGGAGCGUAGGAAAGCAGCGAGGAAAGCUUGGGAUUUUUGCUGUAAGCGAAUAUGUCAGGUGCUGCAGAACAAUGGGCCAAAAGCCAUCGGAGAGGCAGAAACAUUAUGCCUACUUAAGACAGUACUGGACUGGGAGGUAGAACAAGGCCUUGGAGCAAAACUCCCUGCUGAGGUUUACAGUCACUGUUAUAAGCGCACCAUCACUGACCUCCUAUAUAACCUGAAGAGUGAAUAUGCUUCACAGUUCGUAGAUCUGCAGAAAGGCAGAGCAGAGCUCAAUCAAACACUGUAUCAAGCACAGCAGAGCUUCCUUUAUAACAUUCACAGCAAGCUGCGACACACUAAUAUAUAUGAGAUUAACGUGAGCUGGGGGAAAAAAGGUCUCAGUCCUAAACAUAACAGAUCGCAUCAGUUCUACACUGAACGUCUUUGUUCUCAUUUCCAAAGAACAGUCAUGACAGCCCUCAACAGGAUGAUGCAUGUAAAACCCAUCAAAAGCUCACUUGAUAUCAUGAGUAAAGAAGCUUCAAGAGCUCAAAUUCAGAAGGAGAUUCAGCUUCACCUUCAGCAUGGGAAAACACUCGCACAGAGCUUUGAAUUUAGGCAGAACUUCCUGCUGAAAGUGAGGGAUGCCCUGCCAAAAGCAGCUUCCUCCCAGAAUGCUUUGCUGCUGUUAGGAGAGCCGGGUUUAGGGAAAAGCACCAUCCUGGCCAAGGUCACACAGCUUUUACCAACUUGGAUACUUGGAGAUGUGACAGUGCUGGUGUGUUUUGUUGGACUGACAUCAGACAGCAGAAAUGUCCGCCUUCUCCUGCAAAUGAUUUGUACACAGAUAGCGGCAGUCUACUGCAAAAAGACAGAAAUAUCAGAGUCCUUGGCACAACUGUGCAAUGAGCUACAUUCUUUGUUGAUGUUGGUGAAUGAGAAAAGGCCUCUCGCUCUGGUGAUUGAUGGUCUAGAUGAGCUGAGUGAAGAACAUGAAGCUGACCUGUCCUGGCUUUUUGCUCCUCUACCUCGACAUGUCUACGCCAUCAUGGCUGCCAAUACACAAUCCACUUCUGCUCAUUCGAUACAGACGCAUGCUAAGGUCUCAGUUCUUGCCAUUCCUCCGUUGAGCAAAGAAGAAAUCCAAUCCAGUCUGACCUCUAAGCUUGUGUCUGACUCUUGUCAUCUUCAGGAGGACCAGUGGAGCCUCCUAUUACGCUUGUAUCUCUUCUGUCCUUUUCCUUUAUAUCUUAGAUUCGCCUAUGGUGAAAGCAGAAAGUGGACCUCUUUCUCCUCACCAGAACAGAUCUCUCUUCCUGGGGAUUUAAGAAGUCUUUUCCUUCUCCUCUUGACACAUUUAGAACGUAAGUAUGGUGCGAAUCUGGUGCGGCGUGCUACAUCACUGAUCUCGCUGUCACGUGGUGGUGUGACAGAAGAAGAACUCCUGGAAUUGUUAGGACAUGACAGACGGGUUGCUCAGGAGCUUACACAGUUCUAUAAUCUGACUCCAGCCACCUCAGGAUAUCCCAGGGUACCUUAUGGAAUUGUGUCCCGACUGAGGUGGGAACUCAGGUAUUACCUUACGGAGGUGGAAAGUGAUGGGACAUGGGUCUUGUGCUGGACCCACACCGAAUUCAGCCAUGUCAUUACCCAGCGUUAUUUGAAAACAGAAGACUCAAAGAGAGCUAUUCAUGCAGACUUUGCAGAUUAUUUCAGCAGCAGUUCUUCUGAAAGUCAUAUUUUCCAGCCACUCGCAUGGAGUAGAGACGAAGACGGAAAGAAAUGUUACGUGUUUAAUUUGCGUAAGCUUCAUGGACUACCUUACCAUCUCAUACGUUCAGGCCAGAUUCUGUCUUUGCUUGGACAGUGUCUUUUUAACUAUGAGUUCCUGCUGCAUAAAGUCUGGGGCCUGUCCAUCAGCCAUGUAGAAGAGGAUUUGAAAGCUGCUGUCAUGCCAGAUAAAGAGUUGCCUGAUAUAGAUGUGUUGGCCCAAGCGCUCUGUCUUUCACGCCCUGUUCUGUUAAAGGACCCAUGCCAACUGGCAUCUCAGUUACUGGGGCGUCUCCUCCACAUCACUGCUCAGGAUAGGCCUGUGGCUCCAGGUGACCCUCAGCGCUUCUUUUACUUGCAUGACCUCUUGAAACAGUGCCAGUUUUCUUCAGUGCCUGUCCUGAUACCAUCUUACAGCUGCCUCCUGCCACCAGGUGGAAUAACACACAAACUCAUUGCAGGUCAUAUGAGUCCUGUAAAAGCACUGGCCUUAGGUCAGCAUCAUGUAGUAUCAUGCUCUGUGGAUGGAACCGUUAACUUCUGGAAGUUGGAGAAUUCACUUACGCUUGUCAAAACCAUGCCUAAUUCAGUGGGCUCUAAUCCAAACUGUGCUGCUGAAGCUCUCACUCUCUGUCUGGAGGACACAGUGUUGGUAAUAAGCAUGGGUCACAGACUUCAAGUGCAGGAGCUCCACUCUGGAAAGGUGCUUUAUACAGAUGCAGUGUCAGCAGAUGUCCCUGUCAUCACAUCUACCUGUGAUGGUCAACUUUUGGUAGUCUUUUACGAUGGCAGCAACAUCGUCAAGGUGUUUGACUUAGCAGCAUCCUGCUCACUAAUUCAUUGUGUGAAUCUUACUCUCAGUUGUGACCCCAUUCACAAAGACAACUCCAUUGUGGUCUCCCACAACUCUGUUAAAGAUUAUGUCCUCUUUGGAUAUAGAAGUGGCAGAGAAGCUGCUGUUUUCAGUGCUAGAUCAGGGACAGUAUUGGUUACUCUAAAAGCUCAGCAUGAGGCUGCCUCCAUACAGGCUGUGGAAAUGAACUCUCAGUACUUCCUGCUCUUCUGCAGGUAUCCCUAUAAGAGGCACAGUGAUAUAAUACACAUCGAGCUCUUCUGCACUGCUUCUUUCCAGUACCUGCGCUCUAUUAUGGGCUGCAGCCAGGAUUACAUUUCCCAUGUUACUAUCAAUAAGGGUGGCAGCCAUGUAGUGGCCUUUUGCCCUUCACCUCAUAACAGAACCACAGAGAUUAAUACCUGGAAUUUAGAAACUGAAGAUCAUAAACAUAUGGCACGAUUUCCUGGACUUCUGACUGCAGGUAUAUGUUCUGAUUUGCGUUUCUGUGUGGGCUUCUGUUUGGGAGAGCGGUACCUGCGCCUGUGGAAUCUGGCUUCAAGAAUCAAUGACCAGUCUCUCACAUACAACAUCCAUAAGGUCCAGAGUGAGGGUAUUCAGGAGAUUAUAGCUAUGGAUAAAUAUCCCAGUUAUGUAGUGUGUCGCAGCACACGCCCUGGCACUGUGCGAGUGUGGAACAUAAAGCGAGCACGCUUCAGGGCUCGGCCUGUCUGUGUGGAACACAGCUUAUUCACCAGUGCUGAUGUUGUGUUGGUGCAAGACCUUAAACUUUACAUCCUGACUGACCAUGGCACUGCCUCCUUCACUGACACACCCACACCAGUUUAUCAGACCCUUCUGGUGUAUGAUCUUCUAACAAGAAGCUACAUUAAGAAGCAAUCUGGCCUUUUCAUUGCACCCUGCCCUGAACAGGACUACCGGCUAAUGAAGGGGGAGCUGCUGCUUGGCCUGUCAGAGACUCGUGAUCAUCUGAUAAUGUGGGACCUGAACACUGGCUACAUCAAAGGCCGCAUUAAAAUAAACCAGAAGGAUUCUUUGACAUCCAGCUCCUUGAAUGAUGGAUGUCAGCUCCUGAAUAUGCCUACUGGGGUGAGAUCAGGUAUUGGUAAACUCCAUGUUUUAAAAAUUAAAAUGUCAUAUUUUAGCCUCAGUGAUACUGUACCUCUUUAA